CAGCCGAAAAAGAAAGAAACGCGAAAGCAGCGGCCGCAUGCUUUGUACUGGGUGUCCUCUCUCGGGCGCCCCCUUUGCGCCAUUCGCGUAACUCGACCGCCCCAUGCGGAAAGCCGCGACCUUCCUGCGCAUUUCGCGUGCCUAAUUCCGAGCGGGCCGCGUGCGGCUGCGUUCCGGUGGGCGGCGUAGGCGGCUACGAGAAUCGCCGCAGUGGGUGCCGGUUGUAUAAGCCGCUGGCGGCCUUUGGACUGUGCUCGGCGUGGCGAGUUCCUCCUCGCGGCCUCCUGUCCUGGGCAGCCCCUCCGCUGGCCUGCAUGGCUGCCUCAGGCUGCCUCCUCGUCCAGGUUGCGGCCUCCUCCUGCCGUCGCCUGCUCUCGGCGCGUAGCCGGACCAGCAGAGCUUGGGGCGCCGUGGCUGCCCGCUUAGGCCCCAGCCGGCUCCUCCAUGCGUCCGCCCUGGCGGGGCUCAGCUCAGAAGAUAAAGUUACUGUGCACUUCAUAAACCGUGAUGGUGACAAACUAACAGCCCAAGGAAAGGUUGGGGACUCGCUUCUAGAUGUUGUGGUUGAUAACAACCUAGACAUAGAUGGAUUUGGUGCGUGUGAAGGAACGCUUGCCUGUUCUACUUGUCACUUAAUCUUCGAAGACGACGUAUUUAAAAAACUAGAUGCAAUCACUGAUGAGGAAAUGGAUAUGCUGGACCUUGCCUAUGGACUGACGGAAAGAUCACGACUGGGUUGCCAGAUCUGCUUGAAGAAAUCUAUUAAUAAUAUGACAGUUCGAGUGCCUGAAGCCGUUGCCGAUGCCAGACAAUCCAUAGACAUGAGCAAGAACUCUUAAAUAUGGCUUAUAGGCUGUCGUGUCUUUUUGUGUGUACCAUUAAAAACUAUUUUUGUAACUUAUUUCUAAAUGGUUAAUGAAAUAUAGAAAUAUACAUGUAUACACACUGAUUUUGUGAUCAUCAUUGUUGGAUUAUUGUGUUUAACUUUCUUCAUCAAAGUCAGACCUAAAAUCAGGGAAAUGAAUUGUGUAAUGUUAGACACGCCAUGCAAUAAGAAAACAAACCAUUUUCCUCAAAGAUAUGCUUCCUUUUUGACUGCAUUUAAAUAACAAAUAUUUUUUUACUGCUAAAGUAGUGAAUUUUUUUUUUUUAAAACGGUCUUCAUAUUCCUAGGCACUAUGAAUUUGGUACACUAAGUGCUGGAUUUAAGAUGGAUGAAUGCAAGCAGUUUCUUGUAAAAUUAAAUUUAAACUACUUCCUGAAGCACUGAAAGUAGGUGUAACCAGAGAACGAGUCUCUUCUCAGUUGAGAAGAAUGCUGAUGGUUACAUGAGUAUUAUAUGCAAUUUUAUAAAACUCUGUUGGAGUCUCGUGAGAUAUGAGAGUUUAGGAGUCAUAUCUAUAUACGUUUAGAGUGGCUUCUGUGUAUUAUUAUAUUCUUCUGUGACAGUGGCCUUUAUCUAGAAUAUAUAUUGUUGCAGAUACAUACGUAUAUCGCCUCACUGAGGGUUUAUGCCCAAGUGUUAGCAGAAUUCUGGUUGUUUGGCAGCUGCAAGUAUCUCAUGAUAAAAAGAAAUAUUGUUUGCUGCCAGACAAAUACUGUAAACAUUGGUGCUUUGCAAGCAUCUGUCCUGUUUGUGGGACAGAUUAAGUCCUCCUUUGAGAUGCAUGACAUUUGCAUAUGCAUAGUUAUAUUGUAGGCAAAAUGGCUGGUAUGUUUUUAGCCUACUUUUCUUAAGGAAAGUAAACUUAUGAGAUCACCCGGCUGUGUCCUAUCAACUUUGCAAUGCCUGGACCAAUAUGAACCAAAUUGGCUACAGUUGUAGGGAUACAUAGGGACACCUCAAUGGCGUAGUUUGUAGUGAUGUCCUCUACCCUAUUCAAGAUGGCAGACACCAGAACAUUUGAGGCGUAAAUGGGCUAACUUAUGAACUACCAAACCAAUUUGAAUCAAAUUUGCUACAGCUGUAGGGACACAUGGGGAUGGCUCAAGGGUGUAGUCUGAUGAUAUCAUCCACCCUGAUUCAAGAUGGCAGACGUGAACAUUUGAGGCACCAGCAGGCUAACUUGUGGGCUGCCUAUCCGAUUUGGACCAAAUUUGUUGUAGUGAGUGACACAAGCUGACACAUCAGUGGUGUAGUUUGUGAUGAUGUCAUCUACCCAAGUUCAAGAUGGCGGACAUGAGAACGUCUGAGGCACAAAAGGGCUAACUUGUGAACCGCUAACCAAUUGGAACCAAACUUGCUACAGCAGAAGGAACACCUCAAUGGCGUAGUUUGUGAUGUCAUCCACUUUGAUUCAAGAUGGUGGAUACAUGAAUGUUUAGAGGUGGAAGUGGGCUAACUUGUGAACUGUGAAACUGAUCUAGAUAGUCCAGUUGUACGAAUAGUGAAAGGCAAGUAGGCAGAUUAGUUCUUACCUAAACUACUUGUUUAAAAAGGCUCCGUGUUUCCUGCUGUCACCAAGUGGUGGUGCACCCAUGUCGUUUUCUAACAUUCUUUUCAGUGUUUUUAAUGCUGAUUUUAAAAAAUAGUGUUUCAUCACAUGUAAUGCCUUAUUUCUGUUCCAAAUAUUUCAUUGAGGGCGGACCACUCGCUGCAUUUGGUUUUGUGCUUAUACUGUAUUUCAGAUGAACCUCCACUGUCAGCACUCUGGGAGUGUGUGUGUAUUUUUUUUUAAUCAUAUAUAAUUGUACACUUCUUGGGUAUUCAAUAAUGGUUGCUGUUAAACCAUAGGACAGCAUCCAGACUAAUCACCACUGAGAUAAAUUAAUUUUAAAUGGAACUUCAUCUGGAUGCUGCCCAUAAUCUUCACUAUUGCAGGCAUCCAGUUGAAUUCUUGAGCCAAUUUUGUAUUGUGCAAUCUAUUGUUCAUCUACGCAGGUCUUCUGACCUUUUAUCCUGUGUAGGACAUCUUAUUUUUAUUGAAUAGCAUCUUAUAUAAAAGAAUAUAGUUACCUAGGAUAUUUCUAAAUGCACUACAACUUAAAAGAAUGUAAGGGGAAAUAAAAUAACUAUUUCUUUAGCACCUUUUGCUUUCUGACUCCUUUCAAUCCUAAGGAAAAAAGUCUGUAAAUGUUUGUCUUCCUCCACUAGUGGUUUAUCCUGCUCUACCCUUUAAGGCAUCAGAUGCACUCAUUGCAUGGUAUAAAUAAUUAAUGUUUAUGAUAAUAGUACUUUAAAUGUCUUCAUUUUUUGUUGAAGAACAGAUCUUCACGGGCAUCUUGAUUCUUCCAACAUGCAUUAAAAAGUGAAGAUUGUAGUACUGUACAUUUGUUUCAUAGCACGAGGUUUCUUUGAUCCUGAAGCAUACUGCCAUAGUAUCAAACAGAUGUGUUUGUGAAAUGACAAACACAGCAAGCUUUAGAUUGGUGAAGGGCAUUUCUGUGUUAGCACUUCAAUGCAAAGUUUAACUUCUUUUUAAAAAGAAAAAUGUUUCUUGAAUUUAGUUACAGCAACAAAUAUGUAGACAAGUGGAAAGAAAAAUCUGUCCAGUAGUUAUCUUGUAAAUGUUGGAGAUUAAACAUAUUUCUUAAUAUUUUUAAAAAUCUGAAAAUAAAUCCUUCUAUUAUUA